UCUCAAAAUGAUGGAAAGAUUUACAAGAAAUAGGGCACUUGUGAUGCUCCUGGCAGCUAUUUUUUUGGUGUCUUUAUUAGCGUUUGUGUCUAAUUUAGCACCUCAUCAAUCACGAUCAUUAUUCAACAAUACAAAACAAGAAGAAGUACCUAUUGUUGCUCCAGAAGUAUCAGGCACGGAUAUACCAGAAGAAGAGGACCUUGUGCCUGUCAUAGCAAAGCCAGUGAGUGAAAAAGAUUGGAAGCCAAAAAAAUGGGGUCAUUUGAACGCAGAAAUCGAAGAAGCCAUUGCCUAUAACGUGCGUACAGCCAGCAAAGACCGUAUCUUAUUGACAGCUGUGGCAAACCAAGGCAUGGCUGAAUACACAUUGAACUGGAUCGCUUCUCUCAAAGAAUGUGGAUUGGACAACAAAUUUUUAGUGUUUGCUAUCGAUCAAGAGUUUGUCACAACAAUGAAGGAGGCGGGCUAUGGCAAGCAUGUCGUCAUGAUUCCCAAAGAAUGGUUCCACAAGGAGCUGUCCGGCGAAUUUGAAGAAUGGCUAUCAUCAGGCUAUACACCUAUCACACACUCUAAAUCUCUCGUCGUGGAGCGCUUAUUGUAUACUGGUGUGACAGUUUGGUUCUCUGACGUUGAUAUUGUUUUUACUUCACCUGCUAUUUAUAAUUACUUGGUCAUGAAACUCAAUGCUCGAAAGCAAACAGAGACUUUGUUCUCUCAAGAAACAGAACAAAAAAUUAUUAAUUCUGGAUUUUAUGUGAUGCGACCUACCAACACCAACAAGCGUAUUUUGGAAGCAUCUAUUUACAUUCAAGAUACAGAACAAAACAAGAAGCCAGAAGUGACUCAACAGCGUGCUAUCAACCGUGUAUUGGACGAUAUGAAUCUCAACUAUCAGACAAGUCCAAUUGUGCUUUUGGACUUAAUGUUGUUCCCUCAUGGACGUGCUUACUUUGAUAAUCAAAUCCCUACUAAAUACGGCAUGACUCCCAUGAUUGUUCAUGCCAACUAUCGUAAGGGCGCCAACAAGAAGAAAGAUUUGCAAAAGUUUGGUCUUUGCUUCACUGGCAUAUGUCAGACUGUAUCUUUACCACUGUGUCCAUUGAUAGGACAGGCAAAUGGUGUUGAACCUGUUUGUUAUUCACGCAAUAUUGAUUUAGCAAGCAAUUUGAUCUUUCAGCCUGCCACUUUGGUCACUGAUUGUGUUGCUAUUGUAAUGGCAGCCAUCAUGAUUUACCAUAUUCGAUCUAAAUAUACUGCAGUUGGUCGUAAGGAAAUCGUCAUGUUCUUUUAUUUAUAUAUGAUCACUACUUUUCUUGAAAUGUUACUUGUAACUGGUAUUAUACCUACCUCAUCGGUCGUUUAUCCCUGGUUUACUGCCGUUCAUAUUGGUUUCAUGUGUGCGACAUUUUGGUGUUUAUUAUUAAAUGGCUUUGUUGGAUUUCAGUUUGCAGAAGAUGGUACACCAUUAUCACUUUGGUCUAUUCGUAUCAGUUCAUUCAUUAUCUUUUUAUUAACUGGAUUUAUUGCUAUCGCUACAUUUAAAAAUAUUGGCCCCUUUUCUUAUGCUGCACCUGGUGCUUUAUGGACUUUCUAUUUUAUUGUCAAUGGUAUUGCAUUCAUUGUCUAUGUUAUUUCACAAAUCAUUCUUGUUGUCAACACAUUGGACGAUCUCUGGCCAUUAGGUGAUAUCUUAUUCGGCACUGCUUUCUUUAUUAUUGGCCAAGUGAUUAUCUAUGUCUUUUCUGUUGCCAUUUGUAAUGAAGUACAACAUUAUGUAGACGGUAUGUUCUUUAGUGCUAUCUGUAGCUUGUUGGCUGUCAUGAUGGUCUACAAGUACUGGGAUUCAAUCACAAAGGAGGACCUUGAAUUCUCAGUAGGUGCCAAGCAGAACAGUUGGGAGAUCAAAGAAUCCUUGGGCGAAGAUGAAUUAUCACAAAGUUACGGUACUUAUGGUUCAAAGACACAAGUGCAAACACAACCUCAACACCAACAACCAUAUCAACCUCAGUAUCAACCUCAAUACCAACCUCAAUAUGGACAACAACAAUACAACCAACAACCCUAUCCUUAUUAAAAUAAAAAAAAGAGGUUAAAUCUACAAA